AUGCGCCCACAGCGGAGAAGCGGCCUCACCGAAGCGGCGACCACCUUGAUGCUCCGGCGUUUGCCAGAAGAUUGGGACGCCCAGAGGAUCGUGGAAUGGCUACGGGAGAACAGGCUCAAGCUCACCCAGAUUGAUUUUCUCUACGUUCCUUUCGAUAAGCGGGCAGACUGCAACAUCGAACUGGCUUUCAUCAACUUUGUGGAUCAUUCCGCCGCCAAAAAAGUCUACAACAUCAUCGUGAGGCAGAACAGGGACGGCAUCUGGAAUACCGUGGUCAGUGCUGGAAACAUCCAGGGGUUUGACUGGAAUCUAGCCUACUUCCUGGCACGUUUUGGCCAUCAGGGUGUUUGGGAAAAGGAUGCUCCACUCAUCUUCAGAGAUGGGUACCAGCUCGAG